AUGCUGGGAUUUCUCAAGUGGGCUCUGGGGAAGACCAGAGUGUAUGGGUUAAACCAUGCGGUGCUCAACAUGAAGUUGCCGCCUGAGAGUAUGUGGAUGAACAUGGGAUAUUGGAAAAAUACUGGUGAUUUCCCGGAAGCUUGCCAAGCUCUGCUUGACCAGGUUCUAGAGACCGGUCUCGCCACGGAAAGGAGCCCGUCAGUGAGAAUAUUGGACGUGGGAUGCGGAUGCGGUGACCAGUCGGCAUACAUUGCAUCACUGACGUAUGGAGCAUUGGAUAAAACCCCCAACAUUGCUUUGACGGCCUCUGGAUCUGGAUUCAACUCUUCUGAUGGGGGCUCCGAUCCAGCCUUGCGACAUAUUAUUGGAAAAGAGUCGCUGAAGCCUCUUGUCAAUACCUACAUAGGGAUCACCCUGGAGCCUUCACAAGCACAAAUUGCCCGACAGCGAAUUCGCCUGCAGCAGAAGCGGAAUAAUGGGCAGGGGAGCUGUAGCUCCGCAGAUGUUUUCUGCGCCGACGGCGCUAAGCCCUCGAGUUGGACUGGAGAACUGCAAAAUUCAAUUUCCAAUAUUGUUGGAACCACACAUGACCCGGACACAUCUACCUGGCUUCUUGCUCUUGAUACGAUGUAUCACUUCCGGCCCUCACGUCUUCCCAUUCUUCAUUAUGCACGGAAUACCCUUCACGCCUCCUUCAUGGCCUAUGAUCUUCUUCUAGCUGAUAAUACAUCAUGGUGGCAACGUCUCAGGAUGCGGCUAGUGUGUUGGAUAACUGGCUCACCAUUCGGAAACUUCCUUACUCGGGAGGAGUAUGUGCGUCUUCUAGUGGCGGCGGGGUACGAGGCGUCCCAAAUCGAAAUCAAGGACGUUUCCCGGCAUGUUUUUGCCGGCAUAUCGGAAUUCUUGGGCCAAAGACUUCAAGAUGGGCAACCGUAUGGACUUAACGUGGGCAAAUUUCGGGGAGCUAAAUUGUUAUUCGGCUGGUGGGCGAGAAGCGGAGUUGUGAGAGGCGUGGUGGUGGUUGCAAGGAGAUCAUGA